AUGUCUUUCUUUUCGAGAUUCAGCACACCAGUGUUCAAGAACACCGGGUCAACCGCCCGCGACCAUCUAGCAUCAGAACGUACCUAUCUAGCAUGGAUGCGUACCGGUCUCGGUUUCCUUGCUCUAGGAAUCGGCGUGGAAAGAUUCAACCAACUCGACCUGGCCGAAAUCCUACCCACGAAGAACAAGAAGCGUUUCCACGAAGACAAGACCCACAACGAUAAGUCAGACGCUCUUGUUGGAGCUUUACUUGGAAGUGGAGCUGGUAGUAUCGCCUACGGGACAACUAGGUACUUUUCGAACAUGCGAUUGCUGGAACAGGGACUCUUCAAGCCUGCCUUUCAUGGAGCUGCGUUUUUGGCCGUGGGUGUUGCUGGUCUUGCAGGAGCAGUCUACUGGUCUACUGUCAGGGAGAGAAUGGCCAAUUCCCAUCUCAGUCGCACUUGA